UGUGUUUGUUGUAGCACUGGUUUUAUUAAGCACUGGUAUGCCCUGUGCUCUAACUCUCUAUACUACUACUGCUGCUGCUGUUGACUGUCUAUGUCUGUAUGUAUGUAUGUAUAGACAGUGCUGUCAGUGUUGCUGUGAAUGGUUGUGCCCUAAACACCAUUUCAUAUGUUGAAUGAAUGACUGAAUGAAUAGGUGAACACCAAAAAUAUAUAUUAAAUAUAAAAGAGAGACAAACAUGGAGUACAUGACUCUCAAUGGAUGACUACAAGUGAUUAUUAUUAUCAUUAUUAUUAUUGUCGUCGACUACCAGUGCUUAUCAUAUCAACAUCUGACCAGUGCUUUGGAUGACACUGACAGCCAAUUGUGACAGUGUGUCUCAGACCAGUGACAAGUGAUUUUUAAAAGACUCCCGUUUGGCCAUUGGGCCACUGACCAUCAUCAUCAUCACCAUCAAAGACAUGGUGUAUUGUUGACUUGAUUUUUAAUGAUUGACUAACAACAACCCCCAACCCAACAAAAUCUGUAGUUAGGAGGACUGUGUGGUUGACCACCACUACGGAUGACAUGAUUGUACAGACAGUCUUUGUUUGUAUAAUUGUCGCCACAAUCAGCGGCAGUGCCGCCGGUGCCCGACUGCCGGACAUCUAUUGGAAUUCAUCUAAUCCUAUAUUCCGUAUCGAUAACACGGAUCACAUAAUCGAUGUGAACCGGGGGAACGUUGCCUAUGAGUACGACCAGGUAAACGUUGUCUGUCCUAUCUAUACGAAAGGCACCAAAGAGGAGGACAUCGAGACGUUCAUCAUAUAUAAUGUAUCUAAAGAGGAAUACGACACGUGCACUGUCAGCAAUUAUGCUACGGCGCGCACCAUUGCCGUCUGUGAUAAACCGUUUCUCAAUCGAUAUUAUACGGUAACGUUUAGGCCAUUUACGCCCCAACCUGGCGGCCUGGAGUUCCGACCCGGUCAGGACUACUAUUUUGUAUCGUUGUCGACCACACCCCGGUCGGGGCCGGGAAAAUGUCAGACACAUCACAUGAAAGUGGUGUUCAAAGUGUGCUGCAAGAGUAAGCCAUCGUCGAAUCAUCCGCAAUCGGCCUACUCUACGGCCCGUCCGCCAAAUAAUAAUAACAACCGCCAGUCCUUUGAUAGUACCGGUAAUUCCUCGUCAAAGGGCGUGCCAGAGGUCAGCCAAACUGAGUUGAAAACCAAAAUUGUAACAAAUAAUAAUAGCGGUAACGGAGCACAAACUAUUGAUACAUUUACACGAAUUAAUGAAAACCCACUGUCCGUUAAUCGGCCACUUAUUUUCAAUAAUAAUAAUGAGAAACCAACUCUUAUUAGCUCUAAUAUUGAUAAAACAGUUAUAAUCACAAAUGAUAACAAUUGGGAAGAUAACAACAACAACAAUCCCCGACAAUACUACUCGUCCACACCUGAAUCCAAACGUAUCAACAGUGGAUCAGAUAUUGAUUCAAUCAAUACUAAUAAACAAAAUACAAUUAAUACAGUUAACAAUAAUAAUAAUUUUAUUACGAAUAAUGUUAAUAAUAAUGAAAAUACUAAUAAUAAUGAAAAUCUAAACAGUGAUAAUAUUAUAAUGCAUGAAAACAGUGACAAAUUGGUUGACAUGAAUAUAGAUCACUGUCCGCCGGCACUAUCCCGACACUUGUCCUGGAACUGGACUCUUGUGGGUCAAUCUGUUAACCAGUCCUGUCCGGGCGGUUCGCAGGGUUUAGCCCGCUGGUCGUGUUCGUACUCUAACGGCAAGCCUUUCUGGACACCGCUGAAGCCUGAUUUGUCUGACUGUUCCUCAUUAUGGGUCUCCCAUUUGGAGCAUCGCCUUAAUCUAAAAACUGAACCGAUUGUCUCAUUAGCUGAUGAAUUGGCUAAAGGUUGUCGAGAGAAGACAUUGUUUGGUGGAGACCUCUUCAGAACCACUAAUAUUAUCAAUCAUUUGGUGCUGAGGACGGAAAAAGUACAGUACGAGACACACGACGACCAACAGAGAAAACAUGUCAUCAGAGAAAUGCUAAAUUCUAUUCAAGACAUUGUCAGCAAUCUCUUGGAAGAUAAACAAUUGGAAGCGUGGAGUGACUUAUCUUCUGAAUACCAGAAGUCAAUCAUAACAACUCAGAUCAAUGCAUUGGAAAGGUUGGCCUUAAUGUUAGCUGAAAUCAAAACACAAACCAAUGACUUUCGUAGAGCCCAUCAAAAUAUAUUUUUAUCGAUACACAUACGUUCCGUACAAUCACUCAACAAUGGUCUACAUUUACCAGCAAUAGUGGAUACCAUCGAUAAUCAGCCAAACGGUGUUACACUUCAUUCAAACAACAUUUAUCUCUCACCGCAAACAUUGAAAGACCAAUCGUCGGCUUUCGGUGUCGUGAAAGUGAUUUUUGUUAUGUAUAAAAAGUUAGGCCAUCUCUUAAAGCCUAAGACUGAAAACACAGUUAUGUUGGCCACUGAUGGUGGACUACAAUCACUUAAUGUUAGUCGAAUCAUCAAUUCGGAUGUGUUUGGUAUACAUCUAAAUACUGUGAGAUAUACAUUAUUAAGUAAACCAAUUGAGUUUACAUUAAGACAUUUGUUCACCGAAAACGUGACAAACGCCAAGUGUGUCUAUUGGGAUAUCAAUCGCCGAGACUGGUCUGACCAGCGGUGCCAUACAAUGGGCUCUAAUCGCACGCAUACCUCUUGUAAAUGUUAUCAUUUAACCAAUUUUGCCAUUUUAAUGGAGUUAAAUAGUAAUGAGCAAUUAACGGAUAGUGAACCGCUAUUUCGUGUCAUAGCUGUCAUCAGUUUCUCCAUAUUAAUCAUAGUCAUAGCCAUCGGUUUCAUAACAUUAGUAUCAUUCAGGCAUAAAUGACACCUGGGCUCGAAUAGUACGUAUAUCUAGAAAUU